AUGUCUUCCUUCUCCCUCCUCCACUCCACCACCUACUUUCCUUCCCACUCCUCCAAACCUCACUCCACCGUCCGAUGCACCUCCCCAACCACUCCCUCCCCCGCUGCUCCUCCCCAAAAACACCACCGCUCAGCCGAGAACAUCCGCGACGAAGCUCGCCGCCGUCCCCAACUCCAAAACCUCUCAGCACGCUACGUCCCCUUCGACGCUCCCCCCUUCUCCACAGAGUCCUACUCCCUCGACGAGAUCGUCUACCGCUCACAAUCCGGCGGCCUCCUCGACGUCCAGCACGACUUCGCCGCACUCAAACGCUACGACGGAGCGUUUUGGCGUAACCUAUUUGACUCGCGCGUAGGUAAAACUACUUGGCCGUAUGGUUCAGGCGUGUGGUCCAAGAAAGAGUGGGUUCUCCCCGAGAUUGAUGAUGAUGACAUCGUCUCCGCGUUUGAAGGAAACUCGAACCUCUUUUGGGCCGAGAGGUUUGGGAAACAGUAUCUUCAGAUGAACGAUCUUUGGGUGAAACACUGUGGGAUUAGCCACACGGGUUCGUUUAAAGAUCUUGGCAUGACCGUUCUUGUUUCUCAGGUGAACCGCCUCAGGAAAAUGAACAAACCAGUCGUCGGAGUGGGAUGCGCCUCCACUGGAGAUACAUCCGCCGCACUCUCCGCCUACUGCGCAGCCGCAGGAAUCCCCUCCAUCGUCUUCCUACCGGCUGACAAAAUCUCCACAGCUCAGCUCGUUCAACCCAUCGCAAACGGAGCCUUUGUCCUAAGCCUCGACACCGACUUCGACGGAUGCAUGCAUCUCAUCCGCGAAGUCACAGCCGAGCUCCCUAUCUACCUAGCAAACUCUCUCAACAGCCUCCGUCUCGAAGGUCAAAAGACGGCGGCCAUUGAGAUCUUACAACAGUUCAACUGGGAAGUACCAGACUGGGUCAUCGUCCCCGGAGGAAACCUCGGUAACAUCUACGCGUUUUACAAAGGUUUCCACAUGUGUAAAGAGCUAGGGCUUGUUGAUAGGAUCCCUAGGCUUGUCUGUGCUCAAGCCGCUAACGCGAACCCGCUUUACUUGCAUUACAAGUCAGGGUUUGAUCAGGACUUUAACCCUAUGAAAGCAGAUACAACGUUUGCUUCCGCGAUUCAGAUUGGUGAUCCUGUUUCUAUAGAUAGAGCAGUGUAUGCCUUGAAGAAGUCUAAUGGGAUUGUUGAGGAAGCUACUGAGGAGGAGUUGAUGGAUGCAACGGCUCUUGCGGAUUCUACUGGUAUGUUUAUUUGUCCGCAUACAGGUGUUGCGUUGACGGCGUUGAUGAAGCUGAGGGAGAGUGGAGUUAUUGAGGCUAAUGAUCGGACGGUGGUGGUUAGUACAGCUCAUGGUUUGAAGUUUACGCAGAGUAAGAUUGAGUAUCAUUCUAAGAGUAUACAAGAGAUGGCUUGUAAGUUGGCGAAUCCACCGGUUAUGGUUAAGGCUGAGUUUGGUUCGGUUAUGGAUGUUCUUAAGGAGUAUCUUAAGAACAAUGAAUCUAAGUGUUGA